ACUCCGUUUCCCACAAUGCCUCACUUCCCCGAGUGCACGUGUCAACACUGCCAGCGAACCGGACUGGACGUCACAUUCCUGCAUUCCCCUUUUUUCUCUCCUCCUCCUCCUCUCCUCAGCACGUCGGAGUUAAAGCUAACCACUGAGAGAGCUAAUCCUCUUCCUCACUCUCUUUAUCUUUUUUUUUUUUUUGUUGGUGGAGGAAAACACACCCAUGACUCUGCGGAUCUGAUCUCAGGAGGUGAACCCGGGUCCACCAGGAGUCCCAGUCUCUCUCUUCGGGUCACUUUCCUCCCUCCCUCCCUCCCUUCCCCUCCUCCCCUUCCACCUGUCACAGCUCCGGUUGUCAUGGAGAACUCUUCGGUGGCGUCUGCGUCGUCUGAGGCUGGGAGCACACGCUCACAGGAGAUCGAAGAGCUGGAGCGCUUCAUUGACAGCUAUGUGCUGGAGUACCAGGUGCAGGGGCUUCUGGGAGACAAGGCUGAUGGAGACUUGGACUUGGACAAUGGAGGCAAGGUGCCACAGUGGACAGAUGACUGCAACAACAAGAAAGAUGGCAGCUGGACGUCUUCACGGGGGAGAGGCUCAACCAAGCCAGACGAAUGGGAACACAGCAGUAACGGCAGCACCGGUUCCAGGCCCAGUUCAGGGUCUAGACCAGGGUCUGGAUCACGCUCUGGCAGCAGAGGCAGAAACAACCAGUUCACAGGCCCUGCCAUGAACGGGAACAGAGAAGGCUCCUUUGACAUCCUGGGGACAGACAUAUGGGCUGCCAACACAAUGGACUCACGCGGAGGUGCUGGUUGGGACAUACAGCCAGAGAAGCUGGACUUCAGCCAUUUCCACAGAAAACACCUCAGAGGAAUACCAAAGCACCUGCCACACAUUGACAGAGAAGGGAUGAGCAAAAACAAGUUCGAGGAAGAUGACGGUAUUGACAUGAAUGACAUUGAGAGGUUUCUACCCCAUCUGCGUUCUGUCUUCCCACCCCUUCCUAAUGAGGCUGAGAUCGCACACACCAAAAAGCUCUUCCGACGAAAGAGGAAUGACCGACGAACGCUUGAUCAGUUCACCCGAGACCAGUUAACCAUACUUCUGCCCACUGGCCCCGGGGGAAAGCGGCAAGUCUCAGCCAGGAGACAACAGCGGCCUCAGGGCGGCGGAGGAGGAGGAGGAGGCGGUGGCGGAGGAGGAGGAGGAGGAGGAGGAGGAGGAGGGAAGAACCAACCUCAGCUGAUACAACAGCAGUCACCACAGCACCAGAGGGAUCAAUCCCGACACCAAUCUCCGAACCAACAGGAGCAGAACUUAACAGAACUGGGAGAUAACAGAAACAGCAGCGCCGGUCGGCCGCCUCGCCAGUAUCAAGGAGGACAUGGGCAGCGCCAAGGAGGACCCCCGCACCACGGGUACAGCCAGAACCGCCGGUGGCACCACAACCAGAAAGGUCAGGGGCACGGACAGACAAACUUUACAGGCGAUAAAGGAGUACCGCCAAGAACAACCAAAGACAAAGAGACUGAGAAUGUAAAACCAGACGGCGAGCAGAUCAGACCACCUCAAGACAACAGCAGUAAGAGUCCCAAUGAAUGCCCCAGACCCGAGUCGACACCCAAUACAAAAGCUUUCCCCCAUCUGACAGUUAGAAAGGAGUCUCCCAACCCACCAGGAAGUGGAACGGGAGGCGAGGGCCAGUCGGAGCAGCCCAAAAUCAGCUUGCUGCAGUCGUCGAAGGAGAGGCUGAGGAGGAGACUAAAGGACAAGGAAGAGGCACGCGUGGAGGCGCCGGGCUCCGGAUCACAGAGCAUGGACCGGCUGGUGGACCUUCUCAACAGCAUGAGGAGCAACAGCAGCGGGGUGGAGCAACAGCUGGCCUCCUUCAUGGAGGAGGCGCAGUGCUCGGCGCGGUCCGAGGAAACCCUGGCUCAGGUGGUCAGCACGAUCUACGCCAAGGCCGUGUCAGACAGGAGCUUUGCCGCCACGGCCGCCAAGCUCUGUGACAAGAUGGCCAUGUUCAUGGUGGAGGGGACCAAGUUCAGAUCGCUGCUCCUCAACAUGUUGCAGAGGGACUUUGCCUGUCGAGAGGAGCUCCAGCAGUCAAAUGUGGAGAGGUGGCUCGGUUUCAUCACAUUCUUGUGUGAGGUGUUUGGAACCAUGCGGAGCAGCUCAGCGGAGCCAUUCAGGGUGCUGGUGUGUCCCAUCUACACCUGCUUACGAGAGCUGUUGGAGUCCACAGAUGUUAAGGAAGAUGCAGUCCUGUGCUGUUCCAUGGAGUUGCAGAGCAUGGGGCGUCUCCUGGAGGAGCAGCUCCCAGAGAUGAUGACGGAGCUUCUAGCAGCCGUCAGGGACAAGAUGCUCAGUCCAACCGAAUCUCAGCUGACUCGCUCUCUCCUCAUGGAGGUCAUCGAGCUGCAUGCACAUCGCUGGAGCCCCCUGGAGGCUCUCACCACCCAAUACUACAACCGUACCAUCCAAAAGCUCACCACCACUGCCUAGGUGCCAUCUCCCACAGGAGGAGAGGAGACCACCCUGCUGACGCCCCUUUGAAACAUUUUCCAGCCGAGCAAAAAUCUGCUCUUCUAGUUUUAUCAAAACACAGGAAUUUAAUUAUAAGGUCACUCUCUGCACUAAAUAAGUCCAUGCUUUAUUUGGGUUUUAAACUUAGUUUUAAAAUUCGCUAAUUUCUCCCAGAUGGGCGAAACUGCCACACAAAAAAAAAAAGAACACUAUCCACCAAACAGUUGUCUAUUAAGCAAGCUAUCAAGGCAACACUACGUGUGGCGUUCAAACAAUGAGAAGCGUAUCUGACACACGGAAAACAGCAACGUACAUAUGGCCAGUAGGGGCGUGCUUAGCCACACAGAGUCCUGGAGCUCGCCCUUGCUGUGGCUGCUGAGCGAUAAAGGAGG